ACUUCCUUACCCUCACCCCAUCACCGCCCCCCCUUUCUCUGUCCUUCAUACACUCCUUUUGUUCGUUGUUACCUUUCUAUUCCUUCAUCGUCUGUUGAUACAGAUCAUUCCUUUCUUCUACACUCCUUCACUUCACCAGAGUCCAGCUGCUCUUGUGUGUUUUCUUCUUACCGGCCUUCACGCCUUGACUUUUACUCUUUUGAUUCAACCAGCUUCGACAGCUGCCUCGUCACCCUUAACAACAGCAUCCACAGUACUCCCGGCGAUACUCUACACUUUCCCUCCUCACCGCAACAAGGAUCCCCCACUUCCUCAGAUCGUGGGACAGCAUCAGCAACAUGCAUUUCUCAACACCAGCUCUGUGGGCCACGUCCGCCGCGUGCGCCUCCGCAUACUCGGCUACAGGACGCACCUUCGCCGUCAAUCACUUUUAUGGCAAAGGACCUCUUGUGGAAGGCCGUAUGGAUCCCAUCAUCAACCCCGGGGUUCCUUCAAGCCACGUUCACGCUGUGCAGGGUGGAAGCAACUUUGCCUUGACCAUGGCCGAUGAUCAAGCAUUGGAUUCGAACUGCACUUCGUCUCUAGUCAAGAACGACAAGAGCAAUUACUGGACCCCCAAGUUGUACUUCCAUGCUCAGAAUGGUAGCUUCAUCGACGUCCCUAUGUUCUACAUGAAUGUGUACUACUUCUUCGAGGCAACCACCGACAAGAUCACCGCUUUCCAACCCGGCCACCGCAUGGUCGUUGGCAACCCAUCCCUCCGUACGCCGCCCGCCACUGGUGGUCUAUCCAUCACCGAUCUCUCGGACGGUGCGCCUCAACCAGUCCAGUGGACUUGCCCUCGUAUGAACACUGCCGAGCCCCUGUACCCCACCGACUCAGACGGUCUUCAUGGAGUCGGGAUCCAAGACCCUGGAAACGCCGGCGCGGGUGUUGGCUUCCCGGACCAGGACUGUGAUGGGUAUGCUUCUCCACUCCGUGCAGAUAUCCACUUCCCAUCUUGCUACGACCCCUCCCAAGGCCUCGACGCCUACAAGACCAACAUGCAAUUCCCAACCAACGGAAACUGCCCGGAAGGAUGGGAACACAAGCCUCAUCUCUUCUACGAGGUCUACUGGAACACCCCGUUGUUUGCAAAUGAGUGGACACCGGGUCAGGGGAACCAACCAUUUGUCCUUGCCAAUGGCGAUCCAACCGGCUACAGUCUCCACGCUGAUUUUAUCAUCGACAACUGCAAUGCAGGAGACAGCGGGAUGGAUAAGUGCCCUGGCUUGAUUGGUGGACUCAACGACCCAAGCACCUCUUGCAACAUCCCCUCUGCCGUCGACGAACAAAUCUCCGGAGUUCUGGACAAGUUGCCAGGCAAUAACCCUCUUGGACAAUGGGGAGUCCCGGUAGCUGAAGUGGCACCUGCACCUGCCACGGUUGUUGCAAGCCAUUCAGCAUCUGGAUCUGUUGGAUCGACUUCUUCUGCCGCUGCAAAGCCUUCAACCGCUGAGACCGUUGGAUCUUCCUCCACCGCUACAAGUGUUGCGUCCCCUGCGGUCGUUGCUGAGACCGCCUCAGUUCAGCCACUUCCGUUAUCCUCUGCUGUUGAUGCAGCUGGCGCUGCUCCCACCGCACCUCCCGCAGCUGCAGGUGGCUCUAACACCCUUGUUACAUCAUACGUCUCCCAAACCUCAGUUAUCUGGACCACGGUGACUAAGCCUGGUGCUGCUCCUGCUUCUACACCUGGUUCUUCGUCUUCCGUCGCAGCUGGCUGGUCUUACCAUGGCUGCUACUCUGACAGUCUCGGCAACGGCAACCGUGCCCUCUCCGGUAUUGAGUUCGCUGAUAUUGGCAACCACGAAGUCACCAAUACGAAGUGCGUCGCUUACUGCGAAGCUGCUGGGUAUAGCAUGGCCGGCACUGAGUACGGUGGACAGUGCUUCUGCGGCAACGAGUUGAGCGGCAGCAAAGCUGUAGAUGAGAGCCAGUGCAACAUGACCUGCGAGGGCGGUGCCACCGAGACUUGCGGAGGCAGCUUGACGUUGAGCGUAUACUCCAAGUCCGGCAGUACGAAGCGUCGCAGCCGUCAUCUGCACCAGCAUGUUCGUGGCGUCUCCACUUAA